CCCCGCCCCCUGCCUCGGACCGGCCAGCUGGACCCGGCGCGUGCGAGGCCGCGCACGCCCCCUUCGCCAGCCGGGACCCGGACCGCACGCGCCUGGCGCCCCCUCCCCGCCCGGCGGGCACGCGCCGCCUCCCGCUCCCUCUCCAGCUGGCGGCGGCCGCGGCGGCCGGGAUUGUUUUUGUUGUCGCCGAAGCCGGAAGAGCCUUGAGAGAGCCGGGUCCCUGUCCCCGGACCCGGCACCGCCGCCGCCGCCCCCUGCCCAGUGCCCGCAUCUUCGCGGCGCCGCUUCAGCGCCAAUAUUCCGGAGAGCAAGCGUUACGUGGCGGCGGCGGGGCCCGGAGCGGGAGGCGCGGGGGACCGGGGCGAGGCAGCCCCCGCCGCCGCCAUGGAGGCGCUGGGACCCGGACCGCCAGCCAGCCUCUUCCAGCCACCUCGGCGUCCUGGCCUUGGAACUGUGGGGAAACCAAUUCGACUGUUAGCCAAUCAUUUUCAGGUUCAGAUCCCUAAAAUAGAUGUGUAUCACUAUGAUGUGGAUAUUAAACCGGAAAAACGGCCUCGUAGAGUUAACAGGGAGGUAGUAGACACUAUGGUGCGGCACUUCAAGAUGCAGAUAUUUGGAGAUCGGCAGCCUGGCUAUGACGGCAAACGGAACAUGUACACAGCACGUCCGCUACCAAUUGGCCGCGAUAGGGUUGAUAUGGAGGUGACCCUCCCCGGUGAGGGUAAAGACCAAACUUUCAAAGUGUCUGUGCAAUGGGUGUCAGUUGUAAGCCUUCAGCUGCUUUUAGAAGCUUUAGCAGGACACCUGAAUGAAGUCCCAGAUGACUCAGUACAGGCACUUGACGUGAUUACGAGGCAUCUCCCCUCUAUGAGGUACACUCCGGUAGGCCGGUCUUUUUUCUCGCCUCCUGAAGGUUAUUACCACCCUCUGGGAGGGGGCAGGGAAGUCUGGUUCGGCUUCCAUCAGUCUGUGAGACCCGCCAUGUGGAACAUGAUGCUCAACAUUGACGUAUCUGCAACUGCUUUCUACCGGGCUCAACCUAUCAUUGAGUUCAUGUGUGAGGUGUUAGACAUUCAGAACAUCAAUGAACAAACGAAACCUCUAACAGACUCCCAGCGUGUCAAGUUUACCAAAGAAAUUAGGGGUCUUAAGGUUGAGGUAACUCACUGUGGACAGAUGAAACGAAAAUAUAGAGUUUGUAAUGUGACAAGACGACCAGCCAGUCAUCAAACCUUCCCUUUGCAGCUAGAAAAUGGUCAAGCUAUGGAAUGUACAGUAGCUCAGUAUUUUAAGCAGAAGUAUAGUCUGCAGCUGAAAUACCCCCAUCUUCCCUGCCUUCAAGUGGGACAAGAGCAAAAGCAUACCUACCUGCCGCUUGAGGUCUGUAAUAUAGUGGCAGGACAGAGAUGCAUAAAGAAGCUCACAGACAAUCAGACAUCCACCAUGAUCAAAGCCACAGCAAGAUCUGCUCCUGACAGACAGGAGGAAAUCAGUAGACUGGUGAAGAGCAACUGCGUGGUGGGUGGACCUGACCCAUACCUGAAGGAAUUUGGGAUUGUUGUGCACAGUGAAAUGACGGAGCUCACAGGCAGGGUGCUUCCAGCUCCAAUGCUGCAGUAUGGAGGCCGGAAUAAAACAGUAGCCACACCCAGCCAGGGUGUCUGGGACAUGCGAGGAAAGCAGUUUUAUGCUGGCAUUGAAAUUAAAGUAUGGGCAGUGGCUUGUUUUGCGCCUCAGAAACAAUGUAGGGAAGAUUUGCUAAAGAGUUUCACUGACCAACUUCGUAAAAUCUCCAAGGAUGCAGGGAUGCCCAUCCAGGGUCAGCCAUGUUUCUGCAAGUAUGCUCAAGGUGCAGACAGCGUGGAGCCCAUGUUUAAACAUCUGAAAAUGACAUAUGUGGGCCUGCAGCUAAUAGUGGUGAUUUUGCCUGGGAAGACACCAGUAUAUGCGGAGGUGAAACGUGUUGGAGAUACCCUUCUAGGUAUGGCCACACAGUGUGUCCAGGUCAAAAAUGUUGUGAAGACCUCGCCCCAAACCCUUUCCAACCUUUGCCUGAAGAUCAACGCAAAGCUCGGAGGGAUUAACAAUGUUCUUGUGCCUCACCAAAGGCCCUCAGUGUUCCAGCAGCCUGUCAUCUUCCUGGGAGCAGAUGUCACUCAUCCACCUGCUGGGGAUGGGAAGAAGCCUUCUAUUGCAGCCGUGGUGGGCAGCAUGGAUGGCCAUCCCAGCCGGUACUGUGCCACUGUCCGGGUACAGACGUCUCGACAGGAGAUUGCCCAGGAGCUGCUCUAUAGUCAGGAGGUGGUGCAGGACCUGACAAGCAUGGCUCGGGAGCUGCUGAUCCAGUUCUAUAAGUCCACUCGCUUCAAGCCCACGCGCAUCAUCUACUACCGCGGAGGGGUAUCCGAGGGACAGAUGAAGCAGGUAGCUUGGCCGGAGCUAAUAGCAAUUCGAAAGGCAUGUAUAAGCUUGGAGGAAGACUAUCGGCCGGGAAUAACCUACAUUGUGGUACAAAAGAGGCAUCACACACGACUCUUCUGUGCAGAUAAAAUGGAAAGGGUAGGGAAAAGUGGCAAUGUCCCAGCAGGCACUACGGUGGAUAGCACCAUCACACAUCCAUCUGAGUUUGACUUUUACCUCUGUAGUCACGCAGGAAUUCAGUGCGGAAGGCAGUCACGUGUCAGGACAGAGCAAUGGCCGGGAUCCUCAAGCCUUGGCGAAGGCUGUGCAGAUCCACCACGAUACCCAGCACACUAUGUAUUUUGCCUGAGAGUCUUGGAAAAGAACUCAACCAAUUUGGCAUCCCACACAUCCUCAAGAUGUUUCAGAUGCCUACUGCCUCUCUUAGUGCCACAGUGAUUUCAGGUGGUCCCUGCCAGCAGCUCAGAAUAGUUGCACUGAAUCUGUACUCUGCAGCCCUGUCUGAUGCAUCAACAAAAUUGAGCCAUUUUUUUUAAAUGAAAUAGAUACUCAUAGAUUAUGUUUUCUGAUGCACUGGGCAGAAUUUUUACCUCAACAUGAGAAGGCUGAUCAGCCUUGACUUUCUAAAGGACUUUCCAAUAAGGGUUUCUAUGGGAUACUUUGCUAGCUGUGGUAUUCACCGCAUCUAGUCUUCUAAGAGGAGUGUUUGCUUUUCUCUGUGUUUAUUGUGCUUAUGUCGGAGAGGGAAACCAAAUGGCCUGUGUUAUUUUCAUGUAGCCGUUUAACUGGGCGGGUCCCUAGGCUCCCUGUUAGAGACUUCCGACUGACACUGUAAAUGCCUCUAAGGAGCAUUAGUUUUUGAAAGUUUUACAGAACUCUGUUACCUUCACUGCUUUAUCUUACUGAUCUCUUCGGGCCUGAGCUGUGGAAUACAGGCUGCCCGGCAAUUGCACUAUAUUUGGCUGCAGAUUCGAACAAGCAGUUCCCUUACUUGGCUGACUUUUGUGAAUCUGUGACAGAAGCAGAUGUGAUGCGUGUCACGGGGACAGAUAACACUGCCAUGGUAAAAAGUACCCAUGUUCUCCAUAUUUGGAAAAAGAAAAUUAGCUUUUAGUAUUUUUCCACGUCUUCAAAAGUGCCCGUUUUUAUGCUGCUGUGUGGUGUGCUAGAUCUAAACGAUCUUUAAACUUCUCUCAUAGAAAGUUAACGUUGGCAAUAAGCAUUUUUAAAGUCCCUGUCCUUUCUCUUCCUAAUGUAGUUUUCUAGAUGAAAUUUCAGUAUGAUUUUAUCAACUAUUUCUUAUAUAUCAUAACUUGGAUAUUCUGAAACCAGUUUAUAAAGACACAGAUUUCAAUAUCACUUUAAAUAAUUGUUUUUUAAAACAACAACAACAAAAAAACAAUAAACAAAACCUAUUUUAUAGUCAGUGUCCUGUCACUUUAAAAAAAAAAAAGCUGGAGCCAGGAUGCGUUUUGAUUGGUCAGGCUUUGCUGUGUAUAAGGCGCAUUGAGCAGUACUGCUCUUGAAAAGAACAUACCAUCCAGUAAAAAACUAGUUUCCCUUGGAAUCAAGGCUGCACACACAGCUGCUUACAGGACAGCCCGAAAUGUGCUUGGUGGCUUUGCCUUUCUCUUUUUCAAAUGAAACUCUGUAGAAGAAGUUGAUUGUUUUUUCUUUUUCUGUAAUCGAUUCUAGAUUCCCUCACAGGAAGACAAGAUUCCUUUUCUUGUCCAAACAAAGGGAAUUGAUGUAAAGCAAGUAUCAGUUAGAACAUAGGGAAAAUAUAUUCUGUAUUUAGUGUAGAUAAUACUUUGUAAAGGACAAGCGUUACAUAGUUAAGGUAGUUCCACCCAUGGUUUCCAGUCCACAUUUUACUCUAACCUGGAAGGGCAAGGAGUGAAAGGUAAGAGGCUCUAUGUAGAGCCACACUCCUCAUCGCUGAGGAGGGUGCUGGGGAAGAGAUGGACACAAUAUGCUAAAGUCAAUUUUGCAAUCUCUAUGUAGAAACCAUUGGUGGGAAACACUGGAUCAGAUGUAAAGGGUGUUUGCUUGAAGUCAGUGGUUGAUCCAAGGUUCAAAUCUGUUAAAUGAGCCCUCUCAUAAUCCAAGCAAUAUAAAGCACUGUUUCCCUUCAGUUGUUUCAACAAGGGUGAAAUACAUUAAUGUUUACAUUUCUGUGUGCUGUCGCUCAGCAGUGCCACCAGUGUUUGCUGAGACUGGUCUCUGAGAGAGUUUAUAAUGUCCAUCUAAUCUUAGAGGACACAAGGAUGGGUACAGAUAUCUUAAUCUCUGCAGACAGUGGGGAAAAGCAAGUCCUGUGGCUGAAGUACAACAUAGGAGUGAAGAGACAGCAGAUGUCCGUUCCCUAAGAUUUUCCUUUUUUGCAAAUACCUCACUUGGACAAUACAAAUCAGGACAUGUUGAUGAAUGGCUGACUGCCGCUUUCAUUCACACCUGUUCAGGGAAAGCACAGAAAAUAUUCUGCAGCACAGCCACUCUGGAUCCAAGAGGAAGGGGGGGAAAGGAAGCAUUUUUAGGAAAAGGAAAACUUGCCUGGAGUCUGUGAUGUGAAGAACUCUUGGUGGCUGGCAGCUCAACAGAAACACCAUACCUGCCCUGGCGUGCCUAGGGCUCGCUUGUUGACAAUGCACAGAAGAAACUCUUGCCAUCUUCCCACAUGAUGGAGCAGUGAGCAAGCUGUGUGCCCUGAAGCUCCAUCCACACUGCUGCAACUGGGUUCUAAGUUUGCCCAGGAACAAUAUUCCUGAAACAUCACUGUCAGUCCUAGUAUGCUGGGGUGAAUCAGUGUGGAGCUGGAGGAAAAGCCAGGAGACCAGCAUUUGCAGGAAAACAGUGCCAAUAAGCAUAUGAUGCUGUUGUUCUGGGCAAGUGGAAAGAAAUAUGGAAGAGUUAGGAUCACUGGGGGAAAACUUGCUAAGGGUUGAACAGUCAGGAGGUGAUCACUGUAGAAUCGAAACUGCAGUAAUACCAUCACAAGCAAAUCUGAAUGCAUAGUUUUAAUUUAACUAGGGUUGGCAAUUCAAAUAAGUACCCUCCCGCCCUUCUCCCAAAAACCGACUGAAUUGUUAUGCAUGUGUCAAUCAAUGGGAGGUGUGCAUUAUCUAGGAGUAGUGUUAGGCUGUUUGGUUCUUUUACACACAGCCUAUUUAGGUACUGUCAUGUAGUGUGGAAGAUUUUGGUGUAGUGACUCUAAAGAAUGACAGUUUGGGGCUAGGGAGCAUGGGACGUUAAGAAUGGGCAAGACCCAAAUGCUGAACCAAUUAUGUUUUGUUGUUGUCAGUGGUUGAAUCCUGAGCUGAUGAGCCAGCGUUCUGGGCAGGCGAACCACAUUUGCUCUUACUGUAAGUUCUAUAUGCCGCUCUACUAUAAGUUCUAUAUGUACGCAUCAAAGAUGAUGACGUACAAGCAGGCAUGUUCUAAAUGGUCUGUACCUUAGGAUCUGGGGUCCAGUCCACAUCCUAGAUCAAAGCCUACCCACCUGGCUCAGCUACCUUUUCCUUCCCAUGGAAAAAGGCAAUGCACUGUUAUAACCAGGCUUGCCCUCGCUACGCCAUCGUGGUUACCCUCCACGGAUAUGCUCUAACAGUCUCUUGCUCCGUAGCAAGGUGGCUGCUCUGCUUUCAUUUUAAGAACGCGGAGGUUAAGGGCAUCAUACUAAGACUGCUUCAACUCCAAGAAUUAAAGGAAAGAUCUUUAUUGCUCAACCAUUUUCUUAUUCCUUCCUACUGACAUAUUGAUAUUCUUUCUGUGUCUACUGGCUGAAAAUGUUUUGUGUUUGUUCAUCUGACUAAUGGUAUGUUUUUUGUAUGGUUAGACUUGUAAUGUUUUAAAAUGUAUUUUAUUACGUUGGACUGGAUGUUUGUCUCCAGCAAUAUGGGGUACUUCUAAGCUAUUAAGGAAGGGUUUGUAACCCUACGUGAGAUAAGAUAACAGUUGUUUAAAUUUUGCAAAGGUUUUGUUAUUGUUACUGGUUUUGGUUUGGUUUUUUUUUUUUUUU